AGUGCAUCACCCCGCGCAUAAUCUACAGUACAGCAGAUCCCCUUUCCAAACAAACCUUCUCACGCAACACCUAAAAUGUCAUAUCAAUCUCUAAAUUUCGUACUGGUAGAUCCGCCAAAACCGAGAUCCCACGAGAGGACUUGACCUCCCGCGUUCUCGCUCAAAUGGUCCUAAGUAAAGGCGAUGCCACAUCCUUAACUCCCGCCCCAAAAUCCAUUCCCUUAAGCGUCAGUCCCUCCGAAAGAGCAAGAUUGCGAUUUCAAGUUGAAGGAAAUGCCAUGUGUGUAACUACCCUUCCCCCAAUUCAUCCUAUGAUAAAUAACUAAGAAACCCGCAGUGUAACAGGUGGAGCAGGAACGCUAGGUGCGAAUUAUCUCCAAAGAUUAUAUUGGAUCUAUAUCUGAUAAAGGACAGGAUUCGAAGCAUCCCGCGCCUUACUCGAGCACGGAGCCAAAGGCCUCAUGAUCUUCGAUGUAAACCCUACCCAAUCAUCCCUCAAAGCAGCUGAGCUGCAGAAGGAAUUCCCCUCCGCGACUCUAGGUUUCAAAAUAGUUGAUAUAACGGAUGAAGCGGCUGUCAAAGUAGCUGUUGAUGAGACGGCUGAGUAUCUCGGUUCUAUUGAUAUCCUCCUCUCCUUUGCAGGUGUGGUAGGCUGUAAGAUUCCUUCUCCUUUUCUAUUUCGAAGUUCCUAUGUUGCUCUUUGGGGAUGAGGGGAGCUCUCAUAUUCUCUCCCAUCACUCCCAAAAUAAAUAAAAUUAACAAUAUCCAUAGGCUCCCACGCCCUCACCAUGACCCCCCAAGAAUUCCGCCGCACCCUCGACAUCAACACCACAGGCGCCUUCCUCGUCGCCCACGCCACCGCACCCCACAUGAUCGCCCAAGGACGAGGCGGGAGCAUAACAUUCAUCGCCUCCAUCUCGGGACAUCGCGUAAACUACCCACAGCCACAAGUCGCCUACAACGUCUCCAAAGCCGCAAUCAUCACCUUAAAAAACGGGUUGGCGGCCGAAUGGGCCCGCUACGGGAUUCGCACCAAUACUAUCAGUCCCGGGUACGCGGACACGAUUUUGAAUGAGGGUGAGGGGCUUAGAGAGUGUCGAGAGGUGUGGAUGGAGAGGAAUCCGAUGGGCAGGAUGGGGGCGCCGUGUGAGCUUACGGGCGUGGUGGUUUUGUUGUGUAGUAGAGCCGGGAGUUAUAUUAAUGGGAGUGAUUUUGUUGUUGAUGGAGGGCAGACUUUGUUUUAGCCUUGAGGUGGGAUCGUGAUUGUGGAAUCUUUCGCUUGUUUAGGAAGUUGAGCUAGGGGUUUUUGGAAACAUCUUUUAUGCUCAGGGGCACAGAACGAAGUGGUAGCAGAAAAGUCCGGGGAUAUGGCUUCGGUGGUUCGCUUAUAUCUCCUCUUUGGGGAUGAUACAAUGCACAAAUAAAAACA